GUUGCAGCGAUAAACCGCGUGCAGCUGUUGGGUCGAGUGGGUCAGGACCCGGUGAUGAGACAGGUGGAGGGCCGCAACCCCGUCACCAUCUUCUCCAUAGCAACCAAUGAGAUGUGGCGAUCUGGAGACGGAGAGACGAGCUCGCCGGGGGACAUCAGUCAGAAGACGACGUGGCAUCGCAUCUCAGUGUUCAAACCCGGUCUGAGGGACGUGGCCUACCAGUACGUCAAGAAAG